AUGAGGUAUGGCUUAACUUACAUGUGCAGGCAUCUCGUAUACAGAUUGACACUCCAGUUCAGUAAACGCGAGAUGGGCUUGCAGACGGCUAUCCAGAAUGGAGCCAGUUCGUUUAAUUCCAUGAGCAGAUCAAGGAAGAUUAUUCUGAUUGCCCUUUUGGGCCUGGGUUUACUCUACUUCUUGGGGCCUUACAUUUUUCGAAUGAGGAGUUCGAGCAGCAUACAGACAGAUCCUGCAGAAGAGUGCCUGGCACAGAAUUUGCUAGAGUUCCAGGCCAGGGUCGGCAACCUUGACACGUUUAUUUCUGCCGACUCUGAGGAUACUCAAACAAGUAAACAGCUGGCGUACGUCGGGAAUGGUAAUAUAGCGGCAGCUCUGGGUUCCGACAAUGGACUGUAUAUCCGCAUUUACCGAGCCUUGUCGCAACCUCUUAAGUAUUGGCCUGUCAUACAGACACACUUACCUGGCAGGGUCAAAGAGGCCAGUGUCCUUGAUGUUAGGUCUGGUUUGGCACAUAAAAUACAGGUCAAGGGCACAUCCACAGAAUGUGUCACUAUCAGCACACAGCUGUACGCUCACAGAUCUCGCCCAGCCCUGCUAGUCCAGGAUAUCCUAAUCCAUAAUCCUAGGACAAGUCCAGUAACAGUGGAACUUGACCAGAUAGGAGCAUCAGGUUGGGAUGAUGUCCUGGUUCAGCAAGUCAGCUUUGCUUCACGUUCUAGUGGGACAGUGACCUACAAAGUGUUCUCGGGGACAGUGGCGGUUACAAACUCUAACACCAAGAUCGCUGUUGCUGUAGCAGCCAUCACAGUUUCCUCAAAGGAAGUCAGAGUUGAAGCGGCAAGCACAAAAAGGUUUCAUUUUUUGACUGCUGUCCACUACAGUAGACCUUUCCCAUCACAAGAUGCCCAUAAGUAUGUGCCUGAUUGCAUUGAGCAGGCCAAAGGAGAGUUGGAGAAAGGAAUUGAGAUUGAUGAAAAUGUGUUGAAACAGGAGCACACUAAAGUUUGGGGACAGCUGUGGUUUAGUGGAUUCUCCAUCAGCACAUCCUUAGCAGCUGGUGCUCUCAACGGAGACCGCAUCAACAAGACUCUGUAUUACGUGUUGAGCAACUCCCCAGCUCCACUACACAACGUGCUGACGACGGCUGAAGAGAGGCUGAAGAUUGAGAAAAUCCUCCAUUUCCCUGACAGCUGCUAUGAGGGACAUUCUACACUGGUGUCCGGAACAUUGUGGAUUGACCCAGAGGAUGAAGCUCAGGUAGCAAGGGUUGUGACCACAUGGAUGAUAACAUUGGAGAAGCAAGGAUGUGUACAUAUGGUCCAGGCCGGAGCUGAAGGUAUCCUGCAGGCCAUGAUCCUCAGCCUGGGCCCUCUUCACUUCCACAAGCAGCACUUGGAGAUGACCUCUCACCCCCGCGACCUCCACCGUGACCUCCACUUCCGCCGCAUCAACUACGGCAACAACACCCAUGUCAACAUAUCCGUGGUGGUCGGAGACGACAACAAGGCCACGCUAUUUGUGGCACUGGACCGCAAUGAUAAACCUUAUUAUGGUUGUGAUGCUGGGUGUCUGGAUCCACCCAUACAGUUGAGCAAGGAGCAGCAUCAGUUCCCAGUGAAGCUGACUGACCCCGUGACCUCCGUGUUGUACAUCACCUCCGACAAGCAGCACAUGGAGGAGCUGAAACAUGCCAUCCACGUCAAGGAGAUCAUUGAAGCUCCAGCCCACGAACAUCACGUGAUUGCUCUCCACAAGCAUGGCCACCAUUUUGGGGGUCUGCCGACCAUCUUCUGGGUUUCCAUAGCAUUCCUGAUCCUUGUCUUUCACCUGUUUCUCUUCAAACUCAUCUACAAUGAGUAUUGCCAGGGCAACGAGAAGUUCACCAGGUCACAUUACAACUUGUAG